UAAUCCAACCAAUGCGUGCGGAGGAAGUUUUGAAUUUAAUACUGUAAUUCAAUUUUCAGAUUCAUGUCAGUAAAUUAAAAAAACUAGUAUCUGAUGGCUUCUUGUAUAAAAUGGUCUUUGAACUAUGAACUUUAAUUUGAUAAUAAUGUAAGUAAAUAAAUUAUCAAAUAAGGUUUUGACGUUGUUGUUUUAUUAUUUGAACAAUUCAUUCAUUGAAUUAUGUGGUCAAAAAUGAAUUUACCGUCCAAUCGAAGUACCUGGUUCCUGCUGAUCAGUUUAUUUGCUUCAUGUAAUGGCUUUCUAAAGAUACAAAACCGUAGAGGGGUGUAUGGUAUGCUCGGCAUCCCUCCCCUCCGGCCCACCAACAUUGCACUGCCUCCAGAUAAAUGGUUCACACAGAUCUUGGACCAUUUUGAUCCCACCAAUACAAGAACAUGGAUGCAGAGAUACCAAGUGUUUGAACACUACCAUGUACCAGGUGGUCCUGUGUUCCUCAUGAUUGGUGGAGAAGGCGAAGCAAGUGCCAAGUGGAUGGUGGAAGGUGCUUGGGUCGAUUACGCCAAGAAGUAUAAAGCUCUUAUGUUUCAACUCGAGCAUCGUUUCUAUGGGAAAAGCCAUCCUACCAUGGAUACGAGUGUGAAGAACCUGUACUACCUAUCAAGUGAACAAGCAUUGGCUGAUUUAGCUUACUUCAUACAGGCUAUGAACAGCCAGUACAAGCUACCAACCAACACCAAGUGGAUAACAUUUGGAGGCUCCUACCCUGGCAACCUGGCUGCCUGGGUACGAUUCAAGUACCCUCACCUGGUGCACGCUUCCAUGUCGGCUAGUGGACCUGUCUUGGCUAAAAUUGACUUUUUCGAAUACAUGGAUGUUGUGAAGGAUGCUCUUGAAACUCAUAGCCAUUCAUGUGUUGAGGCUGUACAAGUGGCAAAUAGCCAUGUGAAUCUGCUCUUGAGACAUCCAAUUGGGCAGAAAUCUAUAGAAAAAGAUUUUAGAUUGUGUGAUCCUAUUAAUGCAGACAACACUAAUGAUGUAGCCAACCUACUAGAAUCACUAGCUGGCAACUUUGCUGGAGUCGUGCAGUACAACAAGGACAACCGGGUCUCACGUGCAGGAUUAGUUUCAAAUAUCACUAUAGAUACUCUGUGUGACAUCAUGGUCAAUGAAACCAUUGGAACUCCACAUAUCAGAUAUGCUGCUGUGAAUUCUCUUUUAAUGGCUCAUAAUAAUGAGACCUGUUUGGAUUAUAAGUAUGACAAGAUGAUAAAGCAGCUGCAAAACACCACUUGGGAGGCUGCUAAGGAUGGAGCACGAACAUGGACAUAUCAAACAUGUACAGAAUUUGGCUAUUUCCAAACUGCAGAAAGUAACCAAUCUUUGUUUGGACAAGACUUUCCGGUAGAUUUCUUCAUCAAGCAGUGUGCAGAUAUUUUUGGAAAACAGUUCACUAAAGAGCUACUAGUUAAGGCUGUACAAAGAAGCAACACAUUUUAUGGUGGCCUUGACUUACAAGCAACAAGAGUGGUGUACGUGCAUGGCUCUAUCGACCCUUGGCAUGCCCUUGGGAUUACAAAAACCAAGAUACCCAAAUCGCCUGCCAUAUUCAUUAAUGGGACUGCUCACUGUGCAAACAUGUACCCACCAGCUGACACUGAUCUUCCUGCGCUCACUGCUGCUAGGGAAGAGAUCUCUGCUCUCAUCGGUCAGUGGCUACAAGAACUGUAAAUAGUGUCAUUAAGCUCUUCAGUUACUUGUGCCAAAUGUUCCUGUUUUAUCAUAUUUUAAAAAUAGUCUUAAUAUUAAAAUAUUGCAAAAACACGAUUGUCAAUAAAUGUAAUUUUUGUAA